CAUCGAUUCUGUUUACUUGCGAGAAAUAUGCAGAAUAGCCAUCGAAAAGUGCCGCAAAAUGUAACGAACACUUAGCUGCAGACCCAAGAUGAUACCCUGGAUGCGGGAGAAGUUCAACGAGAAACGGGCCAAGUGGUUGGCGCGUAGCAAGCGCAGCGGAGCUUCUCCGGCGGACGAAAGCCCACGGAGCAGCAGUCAUAGCCACAGCCAACGGACAGAUGCCAGCGAUGCGGAGAGCAUCCUGAGCGGAUCCUCGCUGAACGUACACACGGCGGAGUGUGAAACGCAGACGGAUGGGGGCAUACACGCCUCCAAUUCGCGGCCUCCUGUGGGCGGCGGCAGUUGCGUCCUGAGAACACCAUCGCCCGCUCGCCGUCGUCGCAUUCACCUGGAGUUGCAGCUGCAGCGACGUGAUGAACGUGCAGAGCAUCAGCAGGCGGUGGCACAGGACUCGCCCACGCCCACGCACCAACAGCAGGCUAAUGCUUUGUUUCUCAGGAAAUCGGCCCAUACAAAUCGCCCAAAUAGCUCCACUUCUGGUGAGGCGGACGAUGCCAGCAAGCCGGGUGAAUCCAUCCUGGUGCGGGUGAUCUGUCCCAGCUCUCGGGUUUUGGUCUUCAAAACGGACGUCAAUAAACGCCUAAACGAGCUGAAGAGUGAGGUGAUUCUGGAACUGAGCGACGAUCCCGACUCCAUCCAGUUGUUUGCCCCAGAUGUGCGGCAUCUUAAUCCGCGAUACCGUCUCUAUCGGGCGGAAUACUUCGGCGGAGAGCUUAACGAGGGCGACACGCUGGCCCAGCUAAAAGUUCGCAACAAUGAGACAUUUAUACUCUCCCCUCGUCGCAAUACUCUGCCGCAGACGGUUUCACGGAUUCGUGAGGUUCCUGGCCCCAAUGAGCAGCUGGUGGAGAGCGCCACCCGAUACGUGCCCAUCAAUUGCAACCAGCUGCCCACCAUCGAUAUUAAUGAAAUAUUUCAGCAGUCGAACAUACAAUACGAUGUGCGAAAGGUGUUGAUCUCUUUGGCUCAAGCUUCUGCGGCGGUUAUAGGAGCCGGACCUUAUGCUCCACGCCUUAUAGCUAUGCUAAAGCAACGUUUGAUCAAUCGCCGAAAUCAGCAGGCGGAUACGCUGCAAUGCCUCGUGGAUAUGGGCUUUAAGCGGGAGCUAGCCGCAUUUGCUUUGAAGGCACACAAUGGCAUUUACUCGACCACGAUGGAGUGGCUAAUACAGAACCAAAACGAAGAGAACCCACAGGAACCGCCGGCCAUGAACAUGCAGCACAGUCUAUCUUCCAUCUCACCCUCCACGAUAGUCACCAAUAAUGAAACCAUUGAAAACACUGCUGCCUUGAUCGAGAUUGUGCGUAUCUACAGCCACCGGGAUUCACCGCCCAGCGAUGAGAUUGUGGAAUCGCUUACUGAAAUGGGUUUCGAGGAGGCGGCAGUGCUUGCGGCGCUGAAGAAAACUGGCAACAACAAGGCCUCUGCGUGCGAAUGGUUGUGCGAUAACCGCUCGGGCAGCGUCAUUGAACUGCGAGAAGGCUUGGCGCCCGAUUCGCCCAUCCUGAAGGUGAUCCUGGAAAUGCCACAAGUCCAGAUGACCCUAAGCAAUCCAAAGACUUUUUUGGCAUUUCUGGGCAUCCUGGAAAACGAACAAGCGAUACGCGUGUGGCGUGGCGACAACGACACAACCUCGGUCAUCACACAUAUCCUGCAAAAGUACCAUGAGGAGAAGCAUGUGCUGGGCAUCAAUCAGUUCUACACGAAUCGCUGGUGAAAGAUGCUGCUAAGUGGCUUUACUAUGAGAUUAACCAAAUUAUAUUUAUACAUAUACAUACACAAUCACACACCCGAAGUGCAUGGCUGUAGCUUGGUCCAUUUGGGGCCCCAAUUAUACAUUGUGUAUGUGCCCGUA